UAAGAAGUCACUUAGUUGAUGACCUAUUUGCAUUUAUGCUUCUUAAUACAAUGACUACUAGCGCUAAGAGGGAUGACGUAGUGAUUUUCAAUUUGGUCGUGCAGUAUACCAUUUGUUGUCAAUCUAGAAUCUUUGUCGCAAUUUUAUAUUUUACAUUUCGCAGGUAUUCUGAAAUAAAACAUUGCAUUUUCUUUGUUAUAAUGACGUGAUACAUUUAAUUACUCUUUGUUACUCGCUGGAGGAUUGAUAAAAGCUGAUUGGUACGAGGCGUAUUUUUCUGCGAUAGACGCCUUAGAUGGACAAAAAUGGCGUUUUCUCUCAGGAAGAUGCUUUCUAACAUCAAUUAUUUCGGCAAACCAGGGGAUACUGGGUACGAGGAGACCAAACGGGCGCAAAAACAUUUUGGCGAAACAUCAGAAAGCAUAGAUUUCGAGAGAACGGAGCCCGACUCUACAUCCAGGUAUGCAACAAGCCUUAAAUUACCCGAAUCAGUCAAAAAUUUUGCUGCUAAGAAGUCUUCUCUCUCAGAUACUGACAUCUUAAACGUCCCUGAGACGCCAGUUUCAAAGAAAGCUAAAAGAAAAUGUAAAAAACUGAAGGUAGAUGUAGACGCAAGAAUUAGCGAUAGCCAGGAAAAUUCAGAUGACACCCCCAGCGAGAACACACCUAAACAUGUGCAUUUGGAAAUCCAGAGUGCUGAUAUAUUCAAAGACUUUGAUUUUAACAAGUCAUUUGAUUUUGGUUUGUCCGAUGAUGAUUCUGAUGAUAAUGGUGAUAUCCAGUCUCUCUCAGACCAUUCGGACUCCGAUGGUUCUAUAACAUCACGAGAGAAAGUCAAAAUGUGUCGCAAAGUACAACCAAUUCAGGAAGAACAGUUGAUACGGUCCACCAGCCUCGAGUCUUUUGGAGACGUGGAGUUGGAUAAGAAUGAAGAAGAAAGGAUCUCACUCCUUCUCAACUAUCAAAACAAAUUAGAGAAAAUUGAUUGUUUCGUGAAAAAACUUCUGUCUGAUUUCCAGUUUAAUAUAGAAGUCUCUAAAAUAUUUCAUUGCCGAUCUCUUGUGCCAACCGUACCAGGGGGUGAAGUCAAACAGCCGAAGAUGCUAGAUGCCGCAUUUGUCGACAGCCGCGCUCCAAGCCCUUCAGGCCCAUGGAAUGUCAUUGUCGAAAAAGAAGACGUUAUUACCAAGCAGAAAUUUAAAAAGCAGCUCAUGUCUGUGAAACAUACUAUAGAUGAAUUUGUCAAUUGUUAUUUAAAUGAAUCAAAAGAAAGAAAACCUUUUACAACUAAACUGAGGAGUAAGAAGAAAAUGCGACAUUUUGAUUUUCCAGAUCUCCGUGAAGCAAUGGUUAAUCUGUUUGGCACAGAAGAACAGGACACAGAUCUGUGUGACUCCAAAUGUGUCUGCAACUGUCACUCUCACUCUGAAACCGACUCGGGCUUGACCUCCAAAUCGGAUGAAAGAUCUCUAUCAAAUCAGUCUAUAACAUCAUCAAUCGGUAACUUCAGCUUAGAUUCGUCCACUUUAACAGCUUAUUCCGAAUCUCUUGAUCAAAUUGUCAGCUACUGCAGCUUCCAAGACACAAGCCUGUACUGUGACUUGCUGCAAACACCAGCCAUUGAACGUAUCACAUUCUACGUACAAGUCCACAGUGUUCAACUCAAGAGUGAAGCGAGCAAUCAAGAAUUUGAGUGCAAGAAUGUUAUAAAAUUCUACUGCCCAACUUGCAAAGUCACCGAAACUGACGAGAACAGUCUGCUACGUCACAUUUUGAGCCAAACACAUUGUGAGAAGAUACAUUUCCAAUACAAAACAGCAUAUAUUAAGAAGUGUGUUGCUGCCGGAAAAGAAAUACAGCCAAGUACAGUGCUGAAUCCAAUGACAAUGUACCGGGAUGUUAACAAGAUUGUCUGCUUUGGAGAAGCCGUGUACGCCUGCUCUCUGUGCUUCGAGAAUCCUAUCGCUGGCGAAUCCAUCCUGAUGGCACACAUUUCAGAGCCUGAACAUAUUGAGAGACGAGAAAAGUUAGAUGAAAUCAUAGAGUAAGUGCAUGGUUUUUUUUAUUAUCUUAAAGAGCAUGUGUCAAUAUUCUACUCAAUAAUAUUUGUGCAAUCAAAUAAUAUUAGCUUAUGAAGUAACCCAAUUUGAUUAUUUCAAGCAUAAUACACACAGUUGACUCAAAUACACACAUACUCUUUAAAAUUGCAAUGUAAUUUCAAUGAUUUAAAUCUGUCAAGAAAAUUAUAGCUAUGUAAAUUCUAAAUUCAUUACAAAUUAGAAUUGCAUAGAUUUUUUUUGACAGAAUUGUUGGCUUUGCAAUAACUGUCGAAAUGUAAUUUGACAGUAUAUCGCAAUGCUGUUUAUUAUGUUAUGCAGUUUCUGUCCUUUUAUUUAUAAUAAAACACAAAAAUGAUUAAAGAAAUACUAUAUUGGGCUUCCUUUUAAUCAAAAUACAUUUUAAAAACUAAAUCAAAGGACAGAAAUAUAAUUUAUUUAUGUUUUUAUUAUUUACAUACUCUGAACUCUAAAAUCAAUUCUAGUUUCUUUUCUAGACUUAUUGGUUACCAUAUUUACAUUUUUACACAAAAAUAAUAAUAACUUUAAGUAGUAUCCUAAAUCUAGCUCAAAUAUUUACUUUUCUUCAAUUCGAGUUAUCUUUUAUUAUAUGCCUUUUUAUUUAUCGUCCUUUUUACGAAAAAAAAAAGCGGUUAAUGCCAUAUUGUUGUUGAUAUAAGGUUGAAGUUGUUUUUGUUUGAGUUUGCUGACCAAAACCGCUAGAUGCCGCUACUGCCUAUGCCUACCAAGCAUACUAUUCUGACUAUUUAUUACUAUUUCUAAUAUGCCCCGAAUAUUACACAG